AGAAGCCCCGCCCCUCAGCCGCCGGAGCAACUGUACAGAGAGGAACGAUGAUGUCCGUUGCUGCGCGCGCGGGGCCGUUAUCGCCCUACUUACAGGCCACAAGCUUCGCCGUUACCGGGCCUCUGAAGGCUCUCGUGCCUGGAGUGGUGCUGAGGAAUGACAAACUUCUUCUGGACCCAAAGAGACCGUUCCUGUGUCGCGAGUCUCUGAGCGGACAAAGCCCCAGAACAGGGCCUGCAGUGUCCGCUAGCCUGAACGUGAGUGCUGGCGUUCGUUUCGCCCACACGGACAUCCGUGUUCCUGAUUUCUCUGAUUAUCGCCGUCCUGAAGUGAUGGACCCCAAGAAGUCUUCUCAAGAGAGCGGUGAUGCGAGACGAGCGUUCUCCUACCUGAUCACGGGUUCCACGGCAGUAGUGGGGGUCUACGCCGCCAAAACAGCCGUCACGCAGUUCGUCUCCUCCAUGAGCGCCUCCGCCGACGUCCUGGCCCUGUCCAAAAUCGAGAUCAAGCUGUCGGACAUCCCCGAAGGCAAGAACAUGACCUUUAAGUGGAGAGGGAAACCGCUGUUCGUCCGUCACCGGACCGAGAAAGAGAUUGCCACCGAGGUUGACGUGGACCUGUCUCAGCUGCGUGACCCUCAGCAUGACCGAGACCGUGUCCAGAAGCCCUCGUGGAUCAUCGUCAUUGGCGUGUGCACUCACCUGGGCUGUGUUCCGAUUGCCAAUGCGGGUGAUUACGGAGGGUACUACUGUCCGUGUCACGGCUCGCAUUACGACUCGUCGGGCCGCAUCAGGAAAGGUCCGGCUCCACUCAACCUGGAAGUUCCUUAUUACGAAUUCCCUGAUGAAGACACAGUGGUGGUGGGCUAAAAACAUGCGUGUGUGUGUGUGUUACACUUGCUGCUCUGUUGAUGUGGUUGCUGUAAGUAAUAAACAUUUAUUUUAUUUCA